AUGGCCCCCAAGCGCAAGUCAGAUACGCAAGACCUUCCCGAGGUCGCUGUCUUCGCGGACUCUUCUCUACCUAAUCAAGACGCGGCUGUGGCAGAGGCUGGCCCUUCCGCUCCUGCUAAGAAGAAAGCGCGCUCGGGCGUAGCUGCCGAGACGUCCAAGGGCAAGGCGAAAGAGGACGCGCCUAAGAAACCCACGAGGUGGCAGGAUGUCGUAUUGGAAGGAGAAGAUGACGAGGACGGAGUUCCCAUUUAUGACGACUGCAACGAUAUACGGCGAAAGAUUAGGGCACUUCAGAAGACACCAGGAUUCAAGAUCACAGCCUGGUUGAGAGAGAUCGGCAACAUCAACAGUAACUCUUACGGAAGAUUCAUGAAAGCCACUGGGCCCACUGGCGGGGCUGAGAACGGAACCUAUGUUGCUGCGUACAAAUACUUCGAGAAGAUCCGGAUUCUCGAGGGGAAGAAGAAGACUCCCAAGCGUCUGAGGACCGAGCAAGAGCUACCUCAGGGAUAUGACCUCGUUGACCGGAAGAGGAUGUGGGUAUUCAUGCCCGCCUAAGGUGCUUGCUUCCCUGCCGAGUGUAU